UCUUCAGUGAGGCGUGAAAAGAUGGCGGUUAAUAUUUUCCUUUAUCAGUGUCAUUCCUAGCGCACUGAAUCAAUUCUCUCUCGAUGUGGAAAGAAAAGAAAGAGUUGGACAUUUUCCAUGAAUGAGGAAAAAAAGAAGGAAGAAUGCGGGGAAGUGGAGCAACUUUCAGGGGGCAAAGUUUGCGCAUCGGGAAACUGUCGCCAGGCGGAGGAAAACAGUGGGAAAAUGAAAGAAGAAAAAGCUCAAAAUCUUGGGUGCCUUUCAGCUCCAGAAAAUGAACGUGACACACAUAUGGAGAAAAAUGAAAGUGGAGAUCAGCUAAAACAGAAAGACAUCAUGGAUGAAACCAAAGUGGACAGUACCAAAGAAAAGGAGGAUGAGAAUGAAGAAGAAUUAAGAAAGGAAGAGGAAGAAGUGCAACAAGCCUUGAAGGAAGCACAGGAACUGGUCGAUCAGAAACUUGCUUUACGGGACAAGAAUCUUGCUGCUAUUGUUCAACCACCUGAAGAGUCGUAUUUUAAAGGAAAGGAUUCUUCUGUGAAAAAAAACUCUGCAUUCAUCAAGAAAUUGAGGACAAUAACAGAAGCCCAGCGGGAGUCUUUGGAGCAGGAAUUUGCUGGUUUGAAUCUCUCAAGAUAUGUUCAGGAAGCGGUUGCUGCAGUUAUCGAUGGUGUACCCAAAUUGAAGCUAGCUGAUGUGAGAUGUGCAGCUCAUGUCUGUGGCUUAAUUCAUCAAGUGUAUGGUGACUUCAGUGAACCACUAAAAAAGGGACUUGUAAAGAUGUUUGAUGGCUAUGGUGGCAAAGAUGAGGAAAAGCUUGCAAAUGUGAGCAAGUAUCGUGUCACCUUGAGAUUGUUGGGGGAGUUAAUUAUUGGUGGAGUUUUUCCAAAACUGUCUGAAGGCAUUAAGACACUCAGCACAAUCCUUAGUAACAUGGUGAACUGUGAUAAAGAAAGCCAUGUGUAUGUGCAGGUGAUCAGCAGCUUUGCUCGUCAUUGUGGGGAAGACUUUGCAGGCUUUACAACCAGGAAACAAAGGUUGAUGUCUGAGAAACACAGAGUGACAUUUCCCAAGUGUGGAGUAGUGCCUGAUGAGGAUCAAGCAGUUAUUCAUCAACAGUUUCUAUCUUAUUACAAGUCACUUUCUGUCCAUCUACUUAGAGCUCAUAAGGAUCUUCAAAAUAGGGAGAGGCAGAACCAUCAAACUUUAAUGACUAAAGGUGAAUUACACCCUGACCGAAAGGAGGCAUUUGAGAAGGCACAAAAGGCAUAUGAGAAGCUGCUAGCCAAUACGACUUCUUUAGCAGACAUACUGGAUGUAGACAUGCCUGAUCUACCCCAGGAUGUAUGAUGGAAGUGCAGGCCUGUGGGAAGAUGAAGAAACAAGGAUAUUUUAUGAAAAUCUUAGAGACCUCAAGGCUUUCUUACCAAAGAUCUUGUACAAAGAUGAUGGGAAAGAUGGAGAAGAUGAUGAUGGAACCAAUUCAGUUGCAGAUGAAAAAAUAGACAUGCAAGAGCUGGAAAUGAAAGUUGAGGAGUUUGAAGAGCUAGGUGAUGACAUUGGUGAUGAGGAAUUUAGUGAAAGAGAAAUUGAAGAAGAUGAAGAUGACACUUCAUCUGGAGAAACAUUAUGCUCAUCCACUGGACACGCCCUGGAGGCAGUCAUACAAAGACUGCCCACAUGUGUCAACAAGGACCUUAUUGAUGAGGUGGCAACAGAGUUUAUGCAAACAUGCAACACAAAGGGAAACAGGAAAAGACUUUGCCAUGCACUUUUUGGUGUUCCAAGGAUACGGUUGGAUCUGUUGCCAAUGUAUGCUCGCCUGGUGGCCACUCUUGAUCCUUGUGCACCUGAUCUUGCACCUGAACUUAUGCAGCAGUUGAAAGGAGAAUUCAGAUUUCGUGUGCGUAAGAAAGAUCAGAUUAAUGUUGAGUCGAAAAUAAAGACUGUGAGAUUCAUAGGGGAAUUAACUAAGUUCCACAUGUUCCCAAAAGGAGAAGCUCUACAUUGUUUGAAGAUGCUUUUGGAAGAUUUUACUCACCACAACAUUGAGAUGGCCUGUAACUUAUUGGAGGUGUGUGGCAGAUUUCUGUACCGCUCACCAGACUCACAUAUCAGGACAAAAAACUUGUUGGAGCUGAUGAUGAGAAAGAAAGCUGUCCAGAAUCUGGACAGUCGUCAGUUGACUUUGAUUGAGAAUGCAUUCUUCUACUGUAACCCUCCAGAAAGGCAAAAGGUUGCUCAGAAAGAGCGUCCUCCAAUGCAGGAGUACAUCCGUAAAUUGCUCUACAAAGACCUCUCCAAAACCACAACAGAGAAGGUACUACGACAAAUACGAAAACUACCCUGGAAUGAGCCACAGGUCGCUCUGUAUGUAAUAAAAUGUCUGAUUCGUGUGUGGAAUAUCAAGUACAACAGUGUGCACUGCGCUGCCAAUCUGUUAGCAGGCUUAGCACAGUACAAUGAGGACGUCGGCCUGUAUGUAGUUGAUGGAGUUUUGGAAGAGAUUCGUCUUGGAAUGGAGACAAACUUGCAGAAGAUGAACCAGCGUCGUGUGAGCUGUGUGAAGUUUUUGGGUGAGCUUUAUAACUACAGAUUAGUGGAGUCACGUGUCAUAUUCAGCACCCUUUAUUCCUUUAUCACCUUUGGCAACAACCAGGAAGGUAUUGUUUCAGUGCUGGAUCCUCCUGAACAUCUGUUCCGUAUCCGUCUCAUGUGUACUUUACUGGACACCUGUGGACAGUAUUUUGAUCACGGAAGUUAUAAGAAGAAACUUGACUGUUUUCUUGUUUACUUUCAAUGCUACAUUCUAAAGAAGAGAGCUGAUCCCAUAUGGAAUGAAGGACACCCAUUUCCUCGAGAUGUUGAUUACAUGAUUGCUGACACUCUUGAGUCCCUCCGCCCUAAACUCACCACCUUUGCAAGCCUGGAGCAAGCUGUUGAAAGUCUUGACAAGUUAAACAAGGAGCAUCAAGAACAGAUAGAGAAAGCCACCCCCAUUGAACAAGACACACAUAUCCCUGAACACGACUCAACUCCCUUUCCCAUUUGCGGCAUGCCUUACAGCAAAGUUGUCACAGGAUCUCCAGCUACCUCACUCAGUAACUCUCCUUGCCAGUCCCCCAUGCUGCGCGAAGAAGAUGAACACAGUGAGACUGGAGAGAGUGAAGGUGAAGACGAAGAAGAAGAUGAGGGACGUGGAACCCCAGGGGUGGAAAAUGAUAAAGAAAUUACUGAAGUGGAUAUAAAUGAUGUGGAUAUGAACAAGGUGAAAGUCCUGAGUCCUCCGAAGCAGGAACAAACUGUUGAAGACAAGGCGUUUCUUGCAGCCUUUGAUAAAUUGAUGUUAGAUGACAUUCAGAAUCGCCGGGAAGAAAACCCAAAGGUGCCGAGUUUGGAUGUUGCAGUUCCAAUGCACCUGAAAGGACAGAGAGCUCGUCACAACAGUUUGACUGAAGAGAGCGAAAACCUGAACUUUGUUGUCAUGUUGAAGAAGGGAAAUAAACAACAAUUUAAAGAUCUUCAGAUUCCUCUCAGCUCUGGUCUGGCGGCAAAUAUCCGGGACAGACAAAUGGCUGAACAACAGGAACAGGAAGAGGUCAAGAGACUCGUGUUGGAUUACAAUCAGAGACAAGAAGAAGAGAUUUACAAUGAGAUGCUAGCUCAGCAAAGACAGGCUGGUUCUGAACAGUCGUCCAGGUCUCACCAUCGCUUUAACAAGAGAAGACCUCCAGAAGGCAAUGAUACUAGCCUUGUGUUUGCCAACUUAACCAGGAGACGUUAAGCUCUUUGGAAGUAGUGAAGUGGGGCGUGUAACCGCUGAAGUGACUCCCCAUGGGCGCGGUAGUGUCCCGGCACGAGAGCCACUUACGGGUUGUCCCUGAGCUAGGUCUGUCACUUAGUCUGCGCCUCAGAAUAUCCGUUCGUGGAUUAUCAUAUCAUGCAAAGUUUUCAGAGGAACUGUUUGAAUGUCUGCAAACUAUUACUAAAGUUCGUGUGUUCGCAGGAGGAGUUGUAGAGGGGCUUAGUCAGAGGCAAACUGCUAAGAUAAAGCAUAGUUACUCUUACGGUGAUGAUUUUACCUUUUUGGUUUAGUCAGCGAGGUCUUUUGAACGUGCGAGGGCUUGAGUUUAAACGUUUUGUUUACUUAUUAGCUGCCAAGACUUUUCGUGUUUGUCUUAAUAUUAAGUGGUUGAACAUAUCACAAAAUUUUGUCACGUUCUUAUUGUUUUGUCCUAUUCAACCAUUAUGAAUAGUCAAGUUCAAGUUUGUGUUAAAAAUUUAUUAGUGUAGAUAUGAGUGAACGCGUUUGUGUUUUGAUCUGGUUUAAUGUGAAAAUUUUAAAGAAAAUAAAUGUGCUCAAUUUUGAUUACA